AUGCACGAAGGAGGACACUCGGCGCGGCUUCAAGGACGGGCUGGGCGCCGGGCCACCGCGAGCGGGCCGCCGCCAACAGGCGACCCAGGAACGCGGCGCAGGCCGCCACACCCGCCACCGCCCGCAGACGUUGCAGCCGCCCACCCGCCAGCCGACCCGGGGGCGGGGCCGGGACGCCCAAACUGCGCCUGCGCCGUCGCCCAGUCGGGCCCGGGGACCGGGCCGGCGCGAGAGGACUGCGCCUGCGCCGUUGGCUCAGCCGGGCCCGGGCACAAGGCCGGCGUGCGGAAUCGGCGCCUCAGAGGCCGGUCCGCAGCAGCCCGGGGGCGGGGCCGGCGCGCGGGGAUUGCGCCUGCGUGGCAGGCCCGCUCCGGCCUGGGGGCGGGGCCGCGCCUGCGUGGUCGUUCCGGCCGGGCGCGGGGGCGGAGACCGCGCCUGCGUGGUCGGCUCGGGCUCGCCCCGACAGUCGCGCCUGGGUUCCCUGGUGCCGCCCGCCCGCCCGGCCCCGCCCCCGGCCCCGCCCCGCGCCGCGCGGGGCUCUGGGAGGGGCGCAGCGUCCGGCGGCGUCGCGGGCGGCGGGCGGGCGGCUGCGGCGGCGGCGGGAGGGGCCGGCGGGGGCAGACAAAGCCGCGGCUAAUGAAUGGGAGCGUCCGCCCGCGCCGGCCGUCGUCCGCAGCCGGGCGGGAGCCGCGCCGCCCCGAGCCCAGCGCCCGCGGUGAGUGCGCGGCGGGCGGCCGAAGCGGGCUGUGCCUCGGCCGCGAGCUCGCGCCCCGGGCCCGACCGUCCCGGUGCGCCGUCGGAGGUCGGGGUCCGGGACGGGGACGGGGGCAGGGGGCGAGGGUCGAAGUGGGGUCGGGGUCGGGCUGUGGGGCUGGGGGGCUGGGGGCGCCGCGACAUUGUCUGCGCCGGGCCGGGGGCGGCUUUGGGGGCGCGGCCUGCGGUGGCCUGGACCCCGCCCGCGCCCCCGACUCGGCCGCGGUGCCCGGAGGGCUGGGGUCGACGCCGACCCCGCCCCCCGCCCCCGGGACCCCCGGCCCCGGCCCCGCGACCCCGGCCCGCGCCCUGAGCCCCCCGGCCCCCCGGCUGACAGCUGGCGUGUGGCGGGCCGCGCCGCGCCUGCAGCGCGGGGCUCCCCCAGCCCAGCCCUGGCGACCCCCUGGCGCCCUCCGCGGGUUUGGGGUGACAUUCGGGGACCCCGCGCGCCUCUCUGGAAGAGGUCUCCGCCAGGCAUCAGCCGCGCCCCUCGUGGGCACCUGCCGUGUGAAGGCCUGUCCGCAGCCGCACCCGGCCCUUCCCCAGCGGUCCGAGUGCCCUGGAAACCGCUGCUCCUGGGCUGGGGAGCAGGGUGAGGGGGCUGUGCCCUGCUGGCCCACCCGAGUGCCCUCCGUGCGAUGGCUCUUCCGUCUGGGUGGCCCCGCACGUGCUCUGUCCUGCUUCAGCGCCCCCACAGAGGUGAAGCGUGAGGGGCUGCGUUUUAUCCACAGCCGCCGCAAACUGACCGUCCCCUCAGGGUCUGCUCGCUUGCUCUCCACUCGCGGGAGCGGCGUCGGGAGCAGGGAGCUCUUCCCGGACGCCUCCGGUCUCCCUGUCACAGAGGCCGUGUUCCACAUCCUAUCCGUGGAGCUGGUACUGGAUGAUCCUUUUCCUUUGUGUGAGCGCAGCGGCCCUGGUGGAACUUCCGGCUUCGAGGCGCGUGGUGCUGUGUCCAGCCCUAGAACAAGCGCGCUGGUCCGGAACGCCUUCUGGGCCGGCGUCGCCGCUGUGGCUCCUGCACUUGGCGAUGGCUCGCCUGCUCAGUGUGGCCGCCAGUGGGCACUGCCCGUGGACAGCCUCGGUCUGCGCGGCAGGGCCCGGCUCAGCCCCCGCUCAGGCGUCCGUGUCUGUGUGCCCGGCCACACGUUGACGGCACCACCGCCCGUGGCCAGAGGCCCCGGCAGGAGGGCCGUCCGCCCCUGCGGGGAGUGGCUGGCUGGCGCUGGCUCCGGCAGACCCGAGAUGGCCAGCUGGCCCUGGCCGGGCCUGGGCCGGAGCCCCAGGGCCCGGGCUGUCCUGCAGCUGCUGCCCCGCCGGCUGGCACCUCAUCAGAUGGUCGGCCCUGGGCACCCGUUGCCCUUUGGCGGCCUCAUCCAGGCCGUGCUGGCCCCGGGUGGGCCAGGUGGGCCCGUGGUGGCCGAGGACGCUGUGUCUGCCCAGACGCUGGAGGCCACGGAGUAA